AUGGCAUCAAACAAUCACAAUGAUAACCACGGCAAAGUCCCAGCCAGCAAAGAACAAAUCAUCAUUCUCCCUUUCGCUCAGAGCCAUAGUCCUUCAAACACUACCGGGUCACCGGGUCCCACCACAGAGGAACUAUGUGAGAAGUGCUGGAAGCCGGCUUUAGCUCGCCAACAUAGCUGGAGCAACGAGGACCGCAAACACCAGCUGCAGAAACGAUUGCAAGGGCCGCAAAAGGGAAGGGAAACCGGGUUCACAGAGGCGCAUAGUGGGGAUCAAAAUAGCCCGAAACAGCAUUUAGUGCUGCGAUGA